AUGCUCGACGGCGGCAACGACAAAGUCGAAUUCAUGGUGACGAAAGUCGAUGAGCUCGUGAACUGGGCGCGCAAGGGGUCCAUCUGGCCCAUGACCUUCGGCCUCGCGUGUUGCGCCGUGGAGAUGAUGCACAGCGCGACGGCGCGGUACGACAUGGAGCGCUUCGGCAUGGUCUUCCGCGCGAGUCCCCGCCAGAGCGACGUCAUGAUCGUUGCGGGCACGCUGACGAACAAGAUGGCGCCGGCCCUGCGCAAGGUGUACGACCAGAUGCCCGAGCCGCGCUGGGUGCUGUCCAUGGGCUCCUGCGCGAACGGCGGCGGCUACUACCACUACUCCUACGCGGUCGUCCGCGGCGUCGACCGCAUCGUGCCCGUCGACAUCUACGUCCCGGGCUGCCCGCCGACGGCCGAGGCGCUCCUCUACGGGCUCAUCCAGCUCCAGAAGAAGGUCAAGUCGAACCGCAGUCUCCUCCUGCGCCUCCGCAAGUGA